AUGAAAAAAUUGGCUAGAGUGGUUGAUUCAGCUGACCCGAACUUGACGACUGGGGUGUCUAGAGCCGAGAAGGGUCCUGAGGCCAAGGUGAAUGGGAUAGAAGAGCCCAGUGCUGAGGAAGAAACUACUGAGACGACUGGGGUGUCUAGAGCCGAGAAGGGUCCUGAGGCCAAGGUGGAUGGGAUAGAAGAGCCCAGUGCUGAGGAAGAAACUAAUGAGGCCAGUGGGGGCAGGGA